AUGUCCUCCACCCACCCCCUCGCAUCAACCAUCAAAGCCCUAACCUUCGACCUUUUCGGUACAGCCGUCGACUGGCGCAGCUCCAUCACAUCCGCCCUCACCGCCGCCGCCACGGACAAGCUGACCUCCCCAGCCUUCCCCACGCUGCCCGAAGCCGCCCGAUCGCGCCUCGAGUCCCUCACGAGGGACGACUGGUCGGUCUUCGCACAGUCCUGGCGCAACGCCUACAGCGGCUUCACGCGGUCCUUUGUGCCGGGCACGACGCCGUGGAAGGACGUGGACACGCUGCACCGCGAGAGCCUCGCCUCGCUGCUUGAGGAAUGGGGGCUAGCGGGGGUGUACGACGAGCAGGAGCUGGACGCGCUCAACCGAAGCUGGCAUUUCCUGACGCCGUGGGCUGACGUCGUCGCCGGCAUGCGACGGCUGAACGGGGUAUUCGCCACGGCGAGCUUGUCGAAUGGGAACACGGCGCUGCUGGAGGACAUGAACGCGCACGCGCAGCUGGGGUUGGGCCGGUUGAUUUCGGCUGAGGACUUCAAGCAGUACAAACCGAGUGGGGAGGUGUAUCUGGGUGCGUGUAGGAUGUUGGAGCUAGAGCCGUCACAAGUGGCCAUGGUGGCGGCGCACCUGAAGGAUCUAGCGGCCGCGAGUGAGUAUGGGAUGCGGACGGUGUAUGUCGAGCGGCCUGGGGAGGAGGAGUGGAAGCCGGAUGAGGAGAGGUCUAUCCGCUUCGGAGCCGGCGGCCCAUUUAAUCCCCGGACCGAGAAGCGGGCUCGUGGGGCUCGUGGUUCUGGUUCGGUAGAUGGCCUUGUCGACAACAUGGGGCGUUGA